AUGCCGCCUCGAUCUUCUUUGACGUCCUCGUUCUCCAUCACCGACUCGAACAACGAAGUCGUGUGCCCGUUGCGCAACCAAGAUGGAUCCAGCUGUCGCAAGCGCUGCAUCGGCGAGAAGAGGUAUCGCUCCAUGCAGGAGCAUAUCCGUCGAGCGCACCCCGAGCAUUACAUCUCCAAGCUUCCCGCGACCGAGGAGAGCUUCCUGCUCAUGAUCAAUACCCCGCCCUCGGAUAGAUCUCAGGUCCAGAAUUCCAAUUCCAAUUCGGCCGGGCCACCGCACGCAACUCUAGAUCCGGCCAAGGCCUUUCCGCACGAGCGCCAUGCAUUCCUCCGAGACGAGUCGAGUGCGCCGGGGACGCCCAGAAACAUGGAUGAAUUCACUGGAGGCCCGCUGCUGCCAGCCGCAAGUGCUGCCGCAGCCCUUGCCCAAUUGGGCGGCCAGCACAAGUUCGAGGAUUGGGAAUCCGAAGCGGACUGGCAAUCUGACACAGAUGGACGCAGGAUUCCGAGGAGCACAAUUGAGUUGCCGCCGUUUCAGUACGGAAAUGACCCGACCAGUGAACCGUUCCCCAUGAUGAACUCAGGUGGUGUUGGACGUCGGGACUUGCUUCCAUCAAUUCUGUCGAAUUCACCGCCGGGACGCUCGUCAACAUUGCCUCCACUGCAGCGUCCGCUUGGUCCCAGCCGGCCUAGAAAGCAAUCCGUUACCAAGCGUGGACACAAGAAGCAGAAAUCCCGAGGAUCAGCUGCGGACUGGCUCCGAAGGAUCCAGAACGAUGAUCGUCUCAUACCCGGAGGUAUUGGAGGUAUUGAUCGCAAGGCCCAAUCUAUGGAGCCGACGGCCGACUAUGGCAAACGUUGGGAGGACUUGAUCGAUGCCGCAGCUUCGGCCACUGAAGAUAUCGACGAAGAUAGGACUCCCGUUCCCCAAUCUCCUAUAUCAGUACACCGAGCCUCGUUACCUCCUUUUCCCCACCAGCACUUCCAAGGCUACCAAGCCUCUCCUCUGCAACAAGCCCUCACCCCUCCGUCCUUUGCCCAAGAAAUUCCCGAGCCCUUCCCGUCGGUCGAAAGCGGCGAGAGCGGAGACAACUUUCAUAUUGGGGCCGCAGGACUAUCCGAUUCCUCACCGACCUACUCAUCUCAGGAUGUCCACAUUUACUGUGCCGCAUGUCAGAGGACCUCGAAGCUCCGAGAGUCAUACGCAUGCACCGAGUGCAUCUGUGGGCUCUGUGGAGACUGCGUCAAUAUCUUGAUGGAGGAGCAAGGCGCGCGCAGGAAGUGCCCUCGCUGCGCUACUGUCGGUGGCAGAUUCAAGCCCUUCCAACUGGACAUCCGAUGA